CAGAGUGAACUUCCUGAUGAAAUGUUUAGUGAUAUAAAAAACCUCGAAAAGUAUUAACAUACUGUUUUAUCAAGAACAGUCUGUGUUUUGUUGUAUCACUUGAUGUAUGAAAAAUCAUGACGAGUAGUAUAUCAGAAGCAAUUGUGGGCAAGCAUUGCAAACUCUGUGAAUUCACUCUCAGUAGUUUGUUUAUCGAUAAAACUAAAUACCAUGGAUUCGUGGAUAAGCUCCCUAAGAAACUCAAACUGGAAAAGCUAGGCGAAGCUGAAUUUGUGGAAAAGAUACAGAACCUACUAGAUUCUGACUUGCUUGAAGUUAGUAAAAAACCUUAUGGGAAAAUAUACCAUGUCGAAGUGGAAGGGGUAAAGAAACCGGUUGUUUAUGAUCUGCUCUGCGAAAUAUUUCUCCAUGUAGACCCUGAAUCUAGAGCAAAGUCAUUCCAUGAAAUCAUUGAUGAUUACUAUAACAAAGUGUUGUCAGAAAAUGGUGUAACAGAAGAUGAAUUCAAGUUGCAAGUGAAGUUGUUCUUGCCAUACGCAAAGCUGGAGAGGCUCUAUCAGUGUAAAGCUGACGAUAUUCAGGAAGCUGUACUGGAACUUGAAGAAUGCUUCUUAUGUCCAAAAAUAUUGAGAGAAGAUUGCUACGCUGCUCUCAAAAACAUGUACAAAUCAAGUGAACCAAGACUAAUUCACUUAGAUGUGGUACAAGCUCAAGGCCUUCCCGGAAAUUUGGGAACUUACUUCAAGCUCAAGCUAACCGUAAAGAAUGAUGGAAAAACAAACAUUCAUCAGUUAUUUGCAAAAGUCAUCGAUACAAAUGCAUUGGGUAUUCCUGGUUUCUCCCAAAUUCCUUUCAAAAAGGAACGAGUAUUUUUUGAAAAGAUCAUGAAGCAGGUCGUGGAACUUGGCUUGGAAAAGCUUACAGACUUCUGUCCAAAGUGUUACUUGGUCAGCAAUGAGAUGUUGUUGCUCGAUGACUUAUCAGUAGAAGGGUAUGAAUCCUGCGACUUUCAUAUACCAGUAUCGCACAAAUGGUUGUUUGCAGCGGUCAAAGUGAUGGCCAAACUUCAUGCGAUGUCAAUUAUUUUCGAGGAAAAGCUAAGUGAAAAAUUUGGAAGAAAAGUAAAAAUAGAUGAAGAAUAUCCCGAGACUGUAGUUGAAAACAUAUUUAAUGAAAAAGGAGAGUACAGAGAAACCGAAGAUCGUUUUGCUCGUAGUAUAUCUGAGUACACUUUGUCAAAGUUUCCUGACCUAUUUAACACCACGAAUCAUGAGGUUUUGAAGGAACGGAUAAAUAGUGCUUGUAAAAAGCUGUAUAACAUGAAAAAAUCUGAUACAAUCAGAAAUGUGCUGAAUCAUGGCGAUAUGUGGGGAGCUAACAUCAUGUAUAAAGAAGACCAAGCUGGCCAAACUGCGUCAGUAUUAUUCGUUGACUUCCAAUUGAUCAAGUACUGCCCACCAGCUCAAGAUCUUCUUUUCUUGAUCUACGUCAACUCUGAUGGCCCCACCAGGAGAAAACACAUGACUCACCUCAUCGAACUCUACUACAAAGAAAUGACCCAAAUACUGAACUCUCAAGAUGUCGAUGCUGCUAACAUCUUCACUUUCGACCAGUUUGUCAAAUCUUGCAAGGAAGUUGAAGCUGCCAUAAUCUGCAAAUGUGUGUUGUACGGUCACUACCUAUUGCUACCGAAGAAGUACAGUGAAGAACUGAUGGCCGACAAAGAAAGAGCUGGCAAGUUCGUACUUGGAAAUAGGGAAACUGAGCUGGAUAAUGUUUGGGACUAUGAACCACUUAGGAAGAGGAUGGGAUGGUUCAUGGAAGAUCUUGUGAGAGUUUGCGGAAAUGAAGAAAUCAAUAAGGCAACACAGUAAAACAUUAAUAUUGUUUUUUUUGUACCUGUGUAUCCGAACAUCCUCCAAAUAAGGCUUCGCGACACUAUAACGUUUUUUCAUGAAAUUAGCGUGUAGGAAUUAGCAGCAGUACUGUAUAACUUAAACAAGAGGAUCAUAUUUAUAUACUUCCGUCGCUUCUUAUUAGCUUAUAGCAACUAAAUACUGAUUUAUGGUCACGUCACAUGCUUCACUUUUGUCUUGAUAUUCUGAAGGUACAUACAACAAAAAAUUUAAAUUACAAGAAAAGUGUUGUUUAAUUCUAUCUUUAUACUACCUUCACGAACAGCUAUAAAGGGUUAAUAGAAAGAACCGGAAGGGUGGAUUAUCUCAGCAAUCGUCAAAUAUGAAUGAACCAAAUUUUGUGCGAAGGGGUAACUCAUCAUUAAAAAGUCAAAGAUUAUAUUUGUAAGGUUGCCAAUUUUUUAGUUUUCUUCCUAGGUUGAGCAAUUUUUAAAUUUUGAAUAGAAUACCCUAAUUUUUAUGAUUGUAAUCAAUUGCCUGUUUCAAGUUUAUUACGACCUGAUAUUACCGUUUCUCAGCUCUUGUCAAUUUCGGAGAUAUGGCAUCAUGCUUCUUUCGAAAUGAAUACAAGAACGAUACUGAUUGGAAAAUUAUCUCGAAUCCGAUCCAACCGGAAUUCGUCAAAAUUAGUACAGAUGAGUAACUGGACGUUAUAAAUUUAUGAAUUGCAUUUGCGAUGUUUCCAAGAUUGUAUUUAAAAAAAGACAAGUGAAGGGAAUCAGGAAAUUUAAUUAUGAAACCAGUAAAUAUUAGUGCAAAAUAAUAACAUAAUAUUAAAAAAUAACAAAAUACCUAUCUACUUGAUCAGCAGCUCAAAAUGUCUACCAUCGUUGGCUAAAAAAUUUUCGAGGCGAUCAUUAAAUUCUGCCAAAGUAUUCGGAAGCAGGUCUGGAGUAAUUUGUGCGGCUUCAUCCAAAACCUUUUGUCUAAGUCCUUCCAAGUCAUUGGGCCGAUCUUUAUAGACUCUGCACUUCAGAAAACCCUAAAAGAAGCAAUCUUCCAGAGUGCCACGAAUUAUGUACUCGGAACUUCAAACUUCGUUUUUAAAAAACUUUAUUUGAUUCCAACAAUAGUUUACAUGAACUGAACCGGAAUUACAGUGUGUGUGUCCGCUGUGACUGAGAUUGAAUGACUGACUCAUAAUUAAGAUACAAUCGUUAAUGUAAACCAAAAGUGAUGAGCUAGUAAAAAGGAAUACAAUGCAACUAUUAUGUCAAUUAAUAAAGUGCUAAAUGACGGCAACAUAACUCCUCCACCCUUAAGAUGAAGUUUUGGAGGGCACAAACAAAACUUCGUGCCUCUGGGGUUGCAUUUCCAUUUCUUCUAAAUGCUGGCUUCUUCUUGAUCCUUUUCUUCUCUUGUAAUAAUUUUUCACGAAGAUGCAUGCAAUUCCAAUUAACAUAAUUGCAUACAGGGGUAGACUCCAUUUGUAGGGGUGCUUCACUGUUUCGGGAAGAUCUACCUGGAUUUGGUCGGCUCGUUCUUGCAGGUGAUGAAGUUUAUCUAAGGAAAUAUGUACUAACUUGAUUUCCUUUGGAUUUUCUGUUUUUGAUGAAAUGUGGACCUCUGGAAGCAACAGCGGCUUUUCCAUGGUUGUUCCUUUUUGAUUUUUGUAAAUGUAGUCCUUCGUUUGUAUGCUGCACUGGUAAGGCACUUCAAGUAGGUAAAUGCCUUUUAACGUCAUCUUGUUCACACUUGAUUAUCAGCUUUUCAGGUUUCGGAAAAAUAGCAAUGUAUUUGGACUCUGAAACUUCUUCAAUUAAGGCGAUUUUAAGAGUUACGGGAAUUUUAUUACAAUUUGGCUGCUUUUUGUUUACUUGUAAAAUAGCAAAUAGACAAUCGUCUUCUUCUUCUGCUAGAUGUUUUCGUGGCAAAUAAAAAUAUCUUCUAUCAUUUGACAUGAUUCAGCAUCUAUUGGUACUUUUUGGUACUCAUUGUGAAAUAGGAAUUUUUGGGAAUAAUGGUAGUUAGGUUAACAGUAGGAAUGGAAUAAAGAUGAUAAUGCUUGAAUGUGUCUACGUGCAUAAGCGGAACAUGUAAGGCAAAAACUAAUCGAUUUUGGGAAAAAUAUGCUUCUACUGAAAUUAUGUCGUAAAGCUUAUAAAUAUCUUUGAUGUCUGAAUACACCAACUGAGCUUUAUUAUGAUUUUUGACUAAUAUUUGGAAUAUUGACUUUAAUUCAUCUAUCGAAAUAAUACUGUGGUGCAAUGACCCAAUUUUGGCAAAUGCGAUGGCAUUUUCCAAAUUACUAGUUAUAGAGAGCAGUGUAUCUAAAUUGAACUUUAUUUGUAAUAGUGUAUCCAAAAUAGUAAAAUAGUAUGUAUUGUUCCUUUGCAUCUCUACCAAAGUUUGUUCUAUUAAAGCUUGAUUGUGAACCAUAAGGCUAAAUGUCUUACUGUUAUUUUUGAGAACCUCGUGGGUCAAGGAAAUUUGCUGAUUAACUGUCUUAAUUACUUACUGAUUUUUCUGUAAUUGUUCAAUUUCCUGGUCAUAUUUUUUAGCAUCGUCAUCAUCUAAGUUCCCUGAAAUCAUUUUGAUAAUUGAUCCUAAACCGUUUAUUAAACCUCGCUUUGGGCGAUAUUGCUUUUUCCAGAAUGGAUAUAUGGACUUUAUUUUGUUUUUCAAAUUUGACAUCGAGUAAACUAUAUGCUGUUCUAUAUCUGCCAAAUGUGUAUCUGGAAUGAAUCCUAAAUUAUAUUUAUUCUUUUCUGUUUGGUCCUUGAUUUCUUGAAAUACUGUACUUAGCGAAUUUACUUCCUUAAUUAUUAUCGGCUCAAAAUCUACAUAGUGUAAAAAUGUAUGUGUUCCUAUUUUUACUCUAGCGUCACCUAAUCUAAAGGGUAGUAUACCAGGAUUUGUUUUAAGGUUGGUGACCUUCACCGUGGACUGAUGUGUCAGAUGCACUAUCAGAAGAAGUAUCAUCCUGUAACAAAUUUUGAGUUACUUUCUUUCUGGGCUUUUUGAAAAUACUUUUAUGAUAAAUAUUUCUAUUAGUUUUUAGUUUUAAUACCUUUGUCAGUCAAAAUCUGUUCUUUUAUAUAGGGUGGUUUCAGCUUUUUACCUCGGGACUUCGCGUCACGUCGGUACGCUACUUUUUCUCUAGAAUAGUCGGUCGGUUUUUCGCGAUCUUUAUUAGCUUUCCGAAUAACCUUUUCCUUUUGGGUUUUCGACAUGUCAUAGAUAAGGCUAUAAAUUAAUUUUGUCCUAUUCUUGUGUUCUUGAAGGUAAUUGUUCAUUAAUUCUCGAUCAACGUCUAGAUCAAAAGGAUCUCUAACGUCUAAAUGUCCGUUAAUAAUUUCAAUUGGUUUUCGUUUCGUCACUGAAUGUAUGGACUGAUUGUAGCCAAGGAUUGCAUAGGGCAUCAAAGAAUUAACAUCCUUUUUUGGAAAUUGCAAUUCAAGAGCUCUUAAAUGUUCUGUUAUAGUGGAGUGGAAUCGUUCAAUAGGUGAAUUGCUAUUUGAAUUUUUGGAAGUUGUAAAAUGCAGCUUUAUCUUAUGGAGUUUUGCAGACUCUUUUAUUAAGGAGUUGUUGAACUCAGUACCAGAAUCUGCAACAAUUUGGAUGGGCAAACCAUGAAAUGACAUGUAUUUGAUUAAAUUGUCUACAACAGAGAUAGCAUCAGCUGCUUCGAUUGGGAAGGCUUGCGCAUAUUUUGAAAAAUUUUCAAUUGUUGUUAAAAAUUUCUUAUUGUUAGCUUGAUAUACAUCUAAGUGAACAAUUUGGAAUGGCAUUUUAGCUGUCGCGGUAAUCUCAAAUUCAAUUCUAGGUGGAUGUCUUUCAUAUUUGCCUUGCUGGCAAAUAUGUAUGUAUUGACGUAUAACUUCACGUCAUCAUAUUUCUGACCGAUUUCUGACUUAUUCGCGAAUUAAGGGAUAACUUUGUGGUCGUUGUCCUAGGGUUUUCUUCAAGCUAUAAAAGGACAUUUAACUUAUUCUCAUCACUGGUAGCGGUUUUCGGUCUCCCUCAUCCAGAUUUUCUUUCCACUCAAGCAAGUUUCUUACUGUCCUGCAGAUAGUAGAUUUUUAAUUUGUUUUUCGGGAUAGAACGCAUCAAUCAAAUUGCACACUUUUUCGUAAGAUCCUUGUUUAUCUCCAUAACCUCGAAAAAUAAGAAUUUCAAUUCGCUGUUUUUCGUUAAGUACAAAUGCCGUAAUAACGCCUGCAAUAGUUGUCACUUUUGAAUUAUUUUUGCUUUUCCAAUUAUUAUGGUUCUGAAGACUCCAUGAUAUUACAAACAAAUGAAUAACACGCCUUCUUGUUUAUUUUGAAAUGAUUUCUUACUAAGUUGCAAGUGUAAGGAACGAAACUAACCAUAUCUCCGAAAUUGACAGGACUGAAAAAAUGAUAACAUCAGGUCAUAAUAAAGUUGAUACAGGCAAUUGAUUACAACAAUAAAAAUUAGGGUAUUUUAUUUGAAAUUUUAAAAAAAAUCUUGCAAAUAUAAUUUUUGAAUCCUUCGCAUAAAAUUUGGUUCACUUAUACAGGGUGUUCCAGAACUAUGGGAUCAAAGUAGUAACAGUAGAAAACAUUUGAGUAUAGGGACCCAUAUCCGGCGCUUGUGUGUUGUUACCUUUAAAAACGAUAACAGGGAUAAUUUUUGAGUCGUGCUAUCGUAUUUAUGAAAGUUGCAAGAAUUUAACAAAAAUUAAUUGUUGCUAUUGGAAAACUUUACCAAUCAAGAGUUGGCGGAUAUGCAUUUGGCAUACGGAGCAACAAGCUGCAAUGCACGAGUAGCAGCGUGGUUGUAUCAAGAACGUUAUCCCGAACGACAGCAUCCGGGAUACAAAAAGUUUAUUGCUAUUCAUCGGCGGCUCUCCGAGAUAGGCAUGUUUAAAACCAACAACGGUCGAAUUUGAAGAAUAGGUAUUUCCUCUCAACUUCCUGCCUUGUACCGGUUUCAUAAUACCUAAAAUAUCGCAAUAUGCGAUUGAAAAUGUACUUAUUGGAUUGAACCGCAAUAAAGCAAAUACUACAGCCAUAUGCUGUAAAGCGUGAAACAAUGUUGUGUUCGGUUCGUCAUAUAGACGAAAGGCAGAUCUAAUACAUGCCUAUGCCUCCGCCAGGCCGACAGGUUUUUUUGUAGGUCAAGGUUUCGGAUCUAAAACACGAAUUUGAGUAACACGCCCAACUAGCAAAGUAGUGUUAUAAGCUUUUGGUAAAAGAACCGUUCAGCCGUAAAAGCUCUCUAUUGCUGUUGCCUGAACACCAAAAUGCUGGCUUAAUGUUGUGUGGAAUGCAAAUUUGCUUUUUGCAACAUAUUUGCUCUAAAGUGGGGUCUUUGUAACAUUCUUAUAGCAUAGUUAUACAACACCUUAUAGGCCAAAUUUUUAACUGUUGCAUAAACGUUUAUACAACUAUUUUAUACGGCAUAUUUGCAAGUUAGUCAAAAUGGUUGUGUUGUGGCAUCCAUGGUAACGUUUAUAAAACAAACCCGUGCCUUGUUGUUUUGCUGUGCAAUUUACUACUUUAGCCAACAAAUUGCUCCCAACGGAACCACUUAUACAACUGUUGUUUAGUAACUGUUAAAGGCUGUACAUAUGCUAAAUAUGUUGGUAUACAACUUCACUAUAAUCUAACUUUCUCCUGUCAUAUUUUUGUUAAAAUGCCAUAACCAAUGUUUUAAGACAACGCAUGCAUAUUGGUUCAAAAUGUUUUAUCAACUGUUCAAACAGAAGAUAUAGAUCUGGUACAAAUUCUGGGUAAAUCAUUCGACUCUGUCGGUAUUUCAUUUCAGACAUUUGUCAAAUUGUUGUAUAACACCUGCAGGCAACACCAAAACAUUCUAAUAGCCUAAAGACAACAUGGACGAUGCCAUGAUUAUACACAACCACCCGCCAUAUUGGGCAAACAUUUAUUCCUCUAUUUAAUAUUAAAUAAUUAUGUUUCAGUUCGAAAUUACAGAUAUAAAGUGAUAAACAUUAGUGUAAUUGUGUCUAAAUAUAGGAUUUGUGAAAGAUUUAAUGCAGAUAAGUUCAGUUUUCCAUCUUAAAAAUCUCCCCCCUUUCCCCUGUAUCCCCCUAUAGCCCCACGGUACCCAAUGGGUGUUUAGGCCUUAGGCCUUCGUGGUAGUUGGAG